CCACUGCAGGAGCCAUUUUGAAUGGUAAUAUGUCCCCUUUCAUCCAUCCAUCAACACAGUGGUUUGGGGCUGGUGGAGGUGCUGACGUCACUGAGGUGCAGCCAGGGUCAUGCGACUUCUUCAAGCAUCUGUCGUCUGACUGUACGCCUUCAACGCAACUCCACGCGCCGGAAGUGCGUGUACAUCUUCAGGACAGGCGCAAGGAGGCGACAUCCCAGUGGCCAGAGUCCAGCCAAGAGAAGAUGCCAUUGUUCGUCCUCCCCUGUUUGGACCUGACCACCGCGCGACCGAAAAACGAUUGGCUUCCAGACUCCUCUGUAACUCCAUUCGAAGGAGUUUCUCGGAUGCGCUUUGUUUUUCCAGACUUGCCUGGGAGACGUGGCCGCAUGUUCAGUUUAUACCCAGGAGAUUACCUGCCCUUUGUCAACCGUCCCACCAAUGGUUUGGACGGCGACAGUACAUCUAGUGUCUCCGUCACCUCACCAGACUACGCCCAUGUACACUUUGUUUUCCCGGAACCUUUGUGCCGUGUGCAAAUACCGACACAUAAGAGCAACUCACCAUCGGGAUGUCCUGACAUUAGUUCCAAGUUUUUGACACAGACAGGAUUCACAACAAACCGGUCAGUGCUAAUGACUGGGGACGUUUCUCGAAACUUCAUCACCAUCCGGGACUCUUUGACACACGGUGACACAUUCGCUUCAAACCUGGAUGAACUGACUGACAGAGGAAAUUACGAAGGUUGCACAAGAGCUGGCUUGAAAAGAAAAAGUAACCAGGGUGCAGGGAAAAGCUCCGUCAAUCUGCAAAAGAAACGCCGCCUGGCGGCCAACGCCCGCGAGAGGAAGAGGAUGUACAGUCUUAACGCAGCCUUCGAGAAACUGAGGUCGGUGGUGCCCUCUCUCGGCGACAACCAACAACUGUCCAAGUACGAGACACUGCAGAUGGCACAGUCGUACAUCACAGCACUCCAAGAACUGUUAGACAAGGAAAAGUAACUCUCCACUCGCAGACUUGCAGGACAGGUUGUGUAGACAUUCUUUGU